GAGAUCCCAAGCCCAGAGCCAUGGACAGCGUGUUCCCAGGGGAGGCGGACUCGCCCUCCCUGGACAUCCUUGAAUUCAUGGACGUGAAGAACGCAUCCAGAGACGAUUGCUACAGCACGAAGAGUACGGUGCUGCGGGGACUGCCCUUCGGGGGGGUGCCGACCGUGCUGGGCGUCAAUGUCCUCCUGUGGCUGUUCCUCCUCCUGGUCUUCUCCUGCCUCCGGAAAGCUGCCUGGGAUUAUGGGCGCCUGGCUCUGCUGAUGGACAAUGACAGCCUGACCUCUCUGUUCUACGGGGAGCAGAGUGAGAAGGAGAAGUCCCCUUCUGAGUCCAGCCCUUUGGAUGUGGAGAACAAAGAUGUGGGUUUCUGCUCCUGGCUUCUCUCCAUUUUUCAGAUAAAGGAUGAAGAGCUACAAAGCAAGUGCGGAGUGGACGCCACCACCUACCUCUCGUUCCAGCGACACAUCCUGGUGCUGCUCAUGAUCGUCUGUGUCCUCUCUGUGGCCGUCAUCCUGCCCAUCAACUUCGCGGGGGAUCCUCGAGGACAAAUGCAGAGUCAGUUUGGUCGGACCACGAUUGCAAAUAUCCACUCUCAGGACCGGCUUCUGUGGCUCCACAGCUUCUUCUCCCUCCUCUACUUCAUCAUUACCUUCCUCUGCAUGGCCCAUCAUUCUGCCUACCUCGGAGACAGGGACCCCCAAAAGGCUGCCAAGACUCUAAUGGUCACUCACAUCCCCAAGGAGAUCUCAGACCCCUCGCUCAUCCUCAAGCAUUUCCAUGAAGCCUUUCCCAGCUGCACCGUUACCAACGUCCAGUUCUGCUUUGACGUGCGGAAGUUGAUGAAGCUGGAUGCCCUGAGGCGCAAGGCUAUGAAGGGUCGACUCUACUUCACCACCAAGACACAGAAAGAGGGAAAGAUCAUGAUCAAGACUCACCCCUGCUCCCGCGUCUUCUGCUGCCGUUUCUGUGGCUUCGAAGAGGUAGAUGCUGAGCAGUACUACAGCGAGCUGGAAGAGAAGCUGACUGAUGAGUUCAACGCCGAACGCAACCGCAUUGAGCUCAAGCGGCUGACUACCGCCUUCGUCACCUUCCAGGACGAGAGGAUGACGUCUGUCAUCCUGAAAGACUACAGCAGGAGCAGGUGCCGUAAUUUCCCGCAGCAGUCUUCAGUGACCACUGUGGUCAAGUCGUACCGCUGGGGUGUCAGCUACGCUCCGGACCCCAAUGACAUCAUUUGGGAGAACCUGUCCGUGAGCAGUGCUGUCUGGUGGGCCCGCUUUGUCCUGCUCAACAUCAGCCUCUUCCUGCUCCUCUUCUUCCUCACCACACCGGCCAUCAUCGUCAACACCAUGGACAUGUUCAAUGUCACUCGCCCUGUCGAGCAGCUCAAGAAUCCCAUAAUCACCCAGUUCUUCCCCACACUCCUGCUGUGGGCUUUCUCCGUAUUCCUGCCUUUCAUUGUCUACUAUUCUGCCUUCUUCGAGUCCCACUGGACCAGAUCAUAUCAAAAUCGGGUCACGAUGCACAAGUGUUACUUCUUCCAGGUGUUCAUGGUAAUCAUCCUGCCCUCUCUGGGGCUAACCAGCUUGGAUGUUUUCUUCCGAUGGCUGUUCGAUAUCAAUUUUUUGAAGGAGGCAAGGAUCAAGUUCCAAUGCGUGUUCCUCCCCGACAACGGCGCCUUCUUCGUCAACUACGUCAUCACGGCCAGCCUGACGGGAACGGCCAUGGAGCUGCUGCGCAUCCCGGCCCUCCUGGUUUACGCCGCCCGCCUCUGCCUGGCCAACUCUGAACCCGAGAGGCUCCACAUCAGACGGAGCCAGGCCUACGAGUUCCAAUUUGGGCUGCAGUACGCCUGGACCUCCUGCAUCUUCUCCGUGGUGAUGACCUACAGCAUCAUCUGCCCCAUCAUUGUUCCUUUCGGGCUGCUGUACAUGCUGCUGAAGCAUCUGGUGGACCGCUACAACAUUUACUACGUCUUCAUCCCCACCAAGCUCAGCCCCCACAUCCACAGAGCCGCGAUCAGCCAGGUGAUCGUAGCCCCCAUCCUCUGCAUGUUCUGGCUGCUCUUCUUCUCCGUCGUCCGCCUAGGUACCGUCCGCCCUGUUACCCUCUUCACCUUUGUGGUCCUCCUCUCCUGUAUCGUCAUCUCCUUCUUUGGGCUCUUCCUGAAGCAGUUUCACCCAAGAAAGCCCUCUAGCUACCAGCUGUCGGAGCAGUCUGAGGGCGUCUUCAACGACACGGAGAGAAGCAGCGUCUCCUCCACCCCCAACUCCAACGUGUUCGUGGCCUCGGUGCUGCAGGAGCCGGAGAUGAGCCUGACGCCCGCCACCUCCCCCGCUCAUCAGUCCUACGGACGAGUGGCUAGGAGAGGCUUCCCUCAGGCUCCCGGGAGUAGAAGGCAUCCCAGAGGAAGGACCCAGCGGAGGAAGCCGUCUUCGCGCCCCGCGGCAGAGCCGAGAAAGAGCAGAGAGCAGGUGCCGCGGCAGGGGCGGGGGACCAUACCCGCCACCCAGGCUUCCCCGGGGACGGGAGGUGAGGAUGGGGAGUCACCUGUAGCUCCCUAGAGGUCUUUUCAUUAAAGACCCGCCAAUUCCCUGGGCUACCGCCAUCCCGCACUGGCCGGCUCCUCCUGGGACCCUUCGGGGAAGAACCCAGCCCCCUGGGCCCACCCCCACCUCCCUCGCGGACCCCCCAGGCACCGGGCCGCUGCUUCUCUUGGGCCUCAGCCCUCUUGCCUUUUCAGCCGCGGACUCCCGAGAGCGGGCCAGACUAGGGCAGCGGUGAGGGGGUUCUGGGUCUUCUCCUCACUUUGGAGGCGUUUCUAGGAGCUGCCCGGUCCUCGGCGUGAGGGGCCGGUAGGAGAGAAGGCUAUCCUUGUCCCCUAAUCGUUCUCCUCACCAUCCUCUCCUCGGGCAGAGCCGACCUUCUGUGGUUGCGGGCACGAGCCCAGCGCCAGGGUGGCUUCUUGUGUUUCCCGCGUUGCCAGAUCUCUCGUCUUUCAGCUCUCUGUGCUUUCAGUGCUGGCGGUGUAGGGGAGACAGGAAGGCGACAGUCACCCGGCCCCGCAAUGGAGCCCUCGGGCUUGCUCGUGUUGGGGUGAGCCCGUCUGACCCCAGCCCCGCUGGAGGGGACCCCCUCACUCUCUUCCCUCCCUCGGCUUGAGUUUCUCGCUCAGAGGGAGGCGAGGGAAGGGGGCGACGGGGCUCAGUUCCAGCCAGAGGCGGGGAGAGGUCGCAUCCCAGACCAGGGGAACUCCAGUAAGCUGUAGACUUGCUCCCCUGAGCCUCAUCUGGGCCACAGGGGCCUCAACCUCUGGGGCUUUUCGGCCCCAGCUCUCCACCGCCAUGCAGUGUUGGAAGCUCUGGGGGGGACGGGCUGGGGGGUGCCCCAGAGGACAAGGCCGAGGGCUCUACAGGGAAAGUGCCAUGUCGGUCUGUCCUUCUCCCCUGCCAAAGAGCGUUCAUCUGAGAGCUUGGCACCGGUGGGGCACCUGGGAAAGGAUCUCAGCUCCUGCUUUGCAUUCCUUCCCGCAGCCCGGCCCCGCUUCCCAGCUGGCGAGCACCAUGGCACCGCUAAAACUGGCCCCCCGGAAUCAGCCUCUCCUUGUCCGUUGGGACAAGGGGUCUCCCCAUUGCUGCCAACCCAGGAGGAGGGGCCAUGCUGCCCCCGAGUCAGUGCCCCCGGCUAUGCUAGGCUCCCGGGCUGGGUCGGCAACCGUUGCCCCUCCUCCUCCCCCAACAGUCAGUGGCUUGGGGUGGGGAGAAGUGGGGCCAGUGGCGACCAAGAACCCGCUCAGGUCCCCAAUGGAGCCCAACCCAGGGCGAGGUGAGCCUUCCUUUCUAAGCCAAAGCAGCCGGGGAAUCGUGGGCUUACGGACUUGGACCAGUCGCCCCAGAAGCAUCUUAGACAAGGGGCACUGAGGCCUGGCGGAGAGGGGCCAGCCAGGCCCACGGCCGUCCCUGAGGCCUCUGCCCUUCCGUAGACUCACUCGUUGCACUGCCCCGUUCCCCGCUCCCCAGGACUCACCCCAUCAGGGCUCGAGUUGCUGGUUGAGGGUUGAAUUAGUCUCCCUUUGAGCGUCUAACUUUCUGAACUGCAGGCCCUCACUGGCAGCCUGGGCUCACUUAGACUCCUUUUAGCAUCACCAAGUAGGCUAACAGCGGGUCAGGUCCAGCUCGGGGGAGAAGGAAAGAGCAGUGGGCGACCAGGCUUCUGGGUUCUGAUGCGUUCUUCGUUUCCCCCAACCGCCCCCCCCGUCUGUCUUCCAACUCCUCACGACGUGUACACCCCUCCUCUCCCACCUGCUUCUUCCUCUGCAUCCCUACCCCAUCUCUCCCCCGACCCCCGCCUUCAUCCGGUCACAUCCCCUCCUCUGCCCGGGUAAAUCCGUCCGUUUAGUUCAGGCCCUGGUCGACCCCACCCUCCAACACCCGUCCGCUCCUCUCCCUCCUAUCGGCACUUAGGCAAGUCUGAGUACAGUUGGCCGUUUCUACUUCCGCGGGGGUGUCGUGGGGAAUGAUGUGUGGACACUGCUUGGACUGAUUAUCCCUGUGGAACCCUCCCAGGACUCCUGCUGUCUUGCAAUCCCUGGUGCAGGCCCCCUCACACCCCCCGCCUCUCUCUGCCGUGUCUCUGGAAGCAAAGUGCCUGUUUAGCAUCCUCCUGUCUGCUGGGGGCUCUGGGGUGGCGUCCGACUCCCCCUUAGGCGUCACCACCGUCGGAAUGUGCCCGAGCUCCAUUCCUUCUUGUUAUUUAUCGCUAUGACCGUGCCUUGAAUAAACCAACUGCGCCCA